UUUACAGCAAGAGCACGAAGCACUGUGUUCUUGUAAUAUUUCGCCAGCAUUUUUGCUUAGUUUUGUGUGGUUUUCAAUGCCUUCGCACUGCUGUGUGCCUGAGUGCACUUUCAAGGGCCACCGGGAUGCAGAAGGAAAUAAAAUUUCUUUCUUUAACUUUCCAAAGGAUGCAAUUUUACGUAAGAAAUGGAUUCACUUGAUACGAAGAGUCCCAGGAAAGGAUUUUCAACUGACUAGUCGCACUAAAGUCUGUUCGAGACAUUUUAAAACCACGGACAUGAAGAAAUCGCUUAAUGGAAUUGUUAAACUAAAGCCAGGAAGCAUUCCAUCAAAAUUUGCGUGGUCUGUUCAGUCUCCACGAAAGAGAAAGUCGCCAACUAAUCGUCRAACACCUCCACAUCCCUCAACAGCCAUCGAACCAGAUCUAGAAGCUUCGACUAGCGAGUCUGUGGAUCAUAUUUGUGAGCCCACAGUAGAAGAAUUGCUUAUUGAAGCCAAAAUAGACAAAGAAAAAUUAGAAAAGCAAAUAUCGGACAUCCAAAGUCAGUUUAUCGAACUUCAAAUCGAAAAUCGCCGACUGCUAGAAACCAACAAGAAGAUAAUGGCUGAACUCCAGUCAGAGCGUGGUGAUGCUCUGGAGACUGUGUUUUACCGUGAAGCUGAGAAAGAGGAACUGGAAAAGAAAUGCCAGCUGCUCGAGAACAAGUUAAGCGAUGCAGAAACCAAGCUUUUUAAGCUAGAUAAUUUCAAGUCAGAUGAAAACAUAGCUUUUUAUACAGGUUUACCUAACUAUAAGACAUUCUUGGCAAUAUUUAAGUUUUUGAACACUGGAGACAAAGGGGAAAAUGUGAGGUAUUACUCAACUAAGAACAAGGAUGUUACUGCUGACUUCUAUGAAAACCAGGAAGAUGAAGAGGAGGAUSAGUUAUCUGAAAACACUACGAAAACAAAAUCUGGCAGACCAAGAAAACUGACAGUCAUUGAUGAAUUUUUCCUUGCACUGUGUAGACUGAGAAGGGGAUUUGCUGAACUGCAUUUAGCUCACCUUUUUGGAGUCUCCCAGUCAACAGUCAGUAGAUUGUUUGGAACAUAUAUAAAUUAUAUGUAUUUAAAGUUUGCACAAAUUAAUAUUUGGCCAUCCAGGGAAAUUGUAAAUAAACAAAUUCCAGAAAUCUUUAAGGAGAAGUACCCUAAGACAAGGGUCAUCAUUGACUGUACUGAAAUCCGUUGUCAAAUGCCAAGUGGACUGCUGCUUAACUCUGAACUAUUUAGUUCUUACAAGAAUCAUGUUACCUUCAAAGCUCUGAUUGGUAUUGCGCCAAAUGGUGCCAUCACGUUCAUCAGUCAACUUUACACAGGAAGCAUAUCAGAUCGAGAGAUUGUUACAAGAAGUGGGCUUUUGGAUUUAAAGUUUGAUGAUGGAGAUUCAGUGAUGGCAGAUAAGGGUUUCACUAUUGGUGAUAUUCUUCCCUUAGGAGUGACCAUUAACUACCCCCCAUUUCUUGGAGAAGAGGCUCAAAUGUCAAAGGAAGAUGUAAUUGAAACCCAGCAAAUUGCUAGUGUGCGCAUCCAUAUAGAGAGGGCAAUUAACUUGAUCAAGAACUACCACAUUUGGGAUGGCGAAGUACCACUGAGUUUAAUAGGACUGGUUAAUCAAAUGUGGACUGUGUGUGCAUUCCUGUGUAAUGCCCGUAAUCCUCUUAUUUCAGUCUAGUAGACUGUGUUUCAUAAUCAAGAAAGAGUAGGGUAUAGUUUAUACAUCAAAUUUCCAAUGUAGACAUAUGUGCCAAAUGCAUCACAAAYUGAUGACAGGUUGUCUUCUUUGGUGGUAAUUACACUUGAUAUAUGUUCAAUUUGAUGUAUAAACUACUGUAGGCCUAAAGUGUAAUAACAUUGAUUAUAAUACAAAAAUAUUUUAGCCAAUAGUGUCAGUCACAAUAUGUGUGAAAUAGAUAUCACUUUAAAUGUACUGAUCUGCUAGGUAAUCAACACAAAAUCAUGAGAUAACUAUUCACUUUUGCCAAUGACACCAGUGAGUGUACCAAUGUCAAGUAAACUAGUCUUUCAUUUUAUUUAGCUAAAUAGAAAUGAUGACGAUAAUAACUACUAAUUGUGAUACUUUAUUAAAGUCCAGAUGCAAAAAGAAACAAACAAAUUACUAUUAUGAACUUACAAUGAAAUAAUGUAAUUAUGAGGUAUUGAUACUUAUUGUAUCCCAUUUAAGUUCAUAGAAUACGAAACAGUCAUGCUAUUACAGUUGCAUAUUGUUGGGAUUACAGCAUCCUAGUUUCUUUCAUUCCUUUGCAUUUCCUUUCAUUUCUUUGGUCCCCAUUUGGGCUAUUCUUCAAGUAUCAUAAUUUGAACAGUAAAUUAAAAUUGAAGUAAAACUAAUUCAUAAUUGGAGUAAUAAACCAUUGACAAUAUGAAAGCCCUUGAAAUGUUAAAUUGAUUUUAAAUAUUUGAACAAUACUGAAAUGUCCAAUUACAGUCCUAAUCAUUUCUUAAUUUGCAAAAUUCUUCAGCUGCUGUUUUAAUAAACUUGUUAAAAAAGUA